AUGUCAGACGUUGAACAAGAUCAAAUCGUUGAAGAAGUUGCCGUUGAGCAAGAAACCACCGCCGUUUCCAUCGAAGAUGCUUUGAAAGUUGUCUUGAGAACUUCAUUGGUUCACGAUGGUUUAGCUAGAGGUUUGAGAGAAGCCUCAAAGGCUUUGUCCAAGAGAGAGGCUCAAUUGUGUGUCUUGUGUGACUCCGUUACUGAAGAAUCAAUCAUUAAAUUGGUUGAAGCCUUAUGUAACGAGCCAGAAGAAAAGAUUCCAUUGAUCAAGGUCUCUGACGCCAAGUUGUUGGGUGAAUGGGCUGGUUUGUGCCAAUUGGACAGAGAAGGUAACGCCAGAAAAGUUGUUGGUGCUUCAUGUGUUGUCGUCAAGAACUGGGGUGCCGACUCUGACGAAAGAAACAUCUUGUUAGAGCACUUUUCCCAACAGUAA